UCUUAUUUCAAUCUUUCCAAAAUAUACAGCGAUAUGUACAUGUACAUGCACUGUAGUUCACUAUAUAUAAGUAAAAAACUAGGAAUCACGAAAACAACUUGUCCAAGCUAUGCUCACCACCCAAAAACAAAUUAUAUUAAAUUAAAAUGCAAAGCGACUUGAGUGCCAAAGCAAGUCGAAGAUCAAAAGCUUACAGAGCCGCAUCUGGAGGGAGGUCUCUUGAUUUACGCGAUUUUUGGAGAGAAGAAGGUGUUACCCCGAUUGAUAAUCGGGGUGACAACAUCCUUCACUUUCUUGCAAUCCACGGUAACGUGGGGGGUUUCGAAAUUCUUGAUCCUAAAUUGAGCAUUAAUGAUUUGGAAAUUAGGAACAGUAGUGGAGAUACACCAUUGCAUGAAGCUGCAAGAUUUGGUAAAAAAGAUGUUGUGGAGAUGAUUUUGAGAAUUGAGAAGGACUUAGUUUUUGUGAAAAACAAUUUAGGGGAGACACCACUUUAUGUUGCAGCAGCAAGUGGGGAAAAAGAUGUAUUUGAUAUUUUGGCUCGUGAUUUUAGUGAGGUAACUAUGAAGAGGAAUGAUGGGAAGACAGUUCUUCAUGCAUCAGUAAUCCAUGAUUGUUAUUAUCUAGCAACAAAUAUAGUGAAUCAAUAUCCUAAAAUAGUUAACGAACGUGAUGAUGAGAAAAUGACUGCUUUGGAUGUGUUGGCUACAAAGCAAUUAUCAUUCAAGAGUGGAUCUGAUUACUUGUUUGCCGAAAUUGGGAAGACACCUUCUGUUCCUUUUCAGAUCAUUGAAACCAUCGUCUAUUCUUGUAUUCCCCCUAUGUAUAAAGAAUGUGAUAAUUCGAGCAGAACACAAGCUACCAACAAAGUUGACCGCAUAAAAAGGCCUUCAUUCAUCAAUUAUCUGUUAGGUUUUUCCUGGUUACAAGUUAUUGACGAGGCAAAGCAAAACCAUAUUCUUGCACCAAUACUAGCAAAAAUGUUGCUGGAAAACUAUGAUUGGAGCUAUAUUGAUCCUGUGCCAAAUCCACUAAUACAAGCAUCAAAACUUAAAAUCAAUGAGUUAGUUGUUGAAAUUUUGCAAAAAUACCCUGAAGCUGUGGAGACAUUGGAUGAACAAAGGAACAUAUUGCAUAUAGCAGCAGAGCACAAAAACAGAUUUUUGUUUGAGUAUUUGCUCAAAAGAGUGGCUCAUAAAGAAAGGAUGCUGGCUGAUAUUGAUGAACAAGGAAAUACAAUUUUGCAUUAUGCAGCAAUUGUUGGAUCACCAUUUAGGACAUCAACUGGAGAUCAUUUUGAAGAAAUUUGGUGUGUGUUGUCUGUGUUCAUGAUGAUGUGGGGAGUGCUUUGGUUUAAGCAUGUAAGAAACCACGUGCAUCCACGCCUAUGGGACGUUAAAAACUCCGAGGGCAUAACAGCAGAAGAAGUAUUCGAGAGAAACCAUUUACACGUACGAAAAGAAGCAGAGGACGCAAUUAGAAACCUAGCAAAUUCUGCACUAAUGCUUGCUACUCUUCUUUGCACUGUCAACUUCGCUGCAAUUUUCACAGUCCCUGGAGGUUUUGAUCAGAAAACUGGCCUACCAAUUCUCCUAAAAAAAGUGAAACAUGAAUUAUGGAUGUUAAUAUUUUACUUAGGUGCAGCACUUUUAAAUUCAGUAGUCACUAUUGGUACAUUGUUAUCAUUUGUUCUUUGCAAAUUCCAUAGUGAUGAUUUUUACAUUUCUCUGCCUACGAGGAUCGUAAUUGCUAUGGUUUCAGUUUUCUAUGCCACAACAUUUUCAGUACUAGCCUGUGUGCAAACACUUAAUCUGGAUUAUAUUUUCUUGAACAAAGAUGUAUGGUGGCUUAUUAUAGCUAUGGUAGUUGUUGGCUUCAUUAUGACCCUUAUUUAUAUAGACUUAGCAUUUCCGAUCUUUGAUUAUUUGUAUUAUUUGAUUUCUUAUUCAUUUAUAUCCAAUAAGAGAGGGCCUAUGUAAGUUA